AUGCUCACUUUAUCAGAUCUGCAACGUUAUAAAUUUCCUGUUACAACAGCACAAAUCCAUGCCAUUGUUUCUAUAGACAAGCCAAACGAUAUCGAUAUAUCUGUGACUGAUCGAAAAGAGGAAUUUUUCCGCCGUUUUAUACAACAAGUUAAUGUAUGGUUAGAAUGGUUUGACAAAUUUAUCGACAUUUUUCACCAUAUCACUGAAUGGCUUAAAACCCGGAAAUUACAAAGGGCUGAACAGUUGCUUAAUGAUAUCCAUACAAUAAAAAAAGAUUCAAUGGUUAGUGUCAUUAAAAUAAAAACAAUCAUUCAAGAUAUUGUGGAACUACUAAAACCUUUCAAGAAUCUUCAUCGCCUUUGUGAUUUAUUCAAUUGUAUGAACUCAUUCGAGAAUAUUGAUUCUGGUACUUUAAGCAAUGAAGAACAACGGAAGUCUUAUAUUGAAGACCUAAAAACAUUUCACACGAACAAUACAUUCACAGUCAAUGCUAAAACUAAACAUGAACAUUGUCACCCGAUUGGUGCUCGUCGAGUUGUUCGCUGGUCGCUCGCUUGUGAAAAACUUGAAUGUAACAUCAACAUAGAAUAUCGAAUUAAUACACCUCGUAUUAACAGUUACACGUUGUUUUCCAAAGAAAAAAUUCCUCUUGAUAAAAAGGUUUUACGAGGUGAAUUUAAAACACAGCGAGAUGGCGAUUUAAUAAUCACUAUUAACAAUCAAAAUGGAGGCGCUCCACGGACAAUUUGGUAUCAAUGUAAAACAGCGCCAUUUUCAACGUGUCAUCUAUUUGAUGGCAUCUUUUUUAUGCUUCGUCAACAGUAUUUCGAACAAUCAAUUGAAAAUAUUAAAGAUAAAGAUUUGAGUGAUUUAAUUGAUAAAGUUUUCUCUUUUAUCGAUAGGCUUUUAAAUGGUGAUAUCACUUUACAGGAAAUGGACUAUCUUAAAACCGUUUUUCACGAUAAAAAUAUCGAUGUUAAAGAAGAAGUCAAGAUAUUGUUUGCUAACCGUUUAAUCAUAGACAAUAAACGAGAAACAACGAGAACAACAACAACAGCAGAAAUUAUAUCACAAGGCCAAAAUGACCAAAAAAUUGAGCAAGUUUGCGAGUGGUUACGAACUUAUCAAUACUAUAGUUAUCUUAAUAUUAUAAUUGAUUGUGUACAAAAAUUUGAUAUAAUUUUAAAUAGUGAUAAAAAUGAUGAAUCAAUUGAUAAUUUACAAGAAAUGAAUAUCAACGAAAAUUGUUCUCUUAAAAAAAUCUCAGAAACAUAUAAAGAUCUUUAUGAACGUUUUCAAAAGUUAACCAAUCAUCAUUUACAAUUGAUUAAAGCGAUUUCUGAAUGUUCCCAUGUCGUCCAAAUGAUAAAAAAAUUUGAUUUAUAUUCUACCCAAGGCUUACGUCGAUUUCUGGAAUUACGAGAUAAUUUAACAACACAAUUUCAAUUACAAGAACGCAAUAAUAUGAUUCUUAAUUCAUUGAUUAUUAGCUAUGCUUUAUGUGAACCAUUUGUUCGUCAAGUAGAAAAUUUAGAAGAAUUUGUAGAUAAUCUUGCAAAAUUAUCAAAUAUUGAUGAAACUUCAUUGGAACAUAUUAAAGUUGUCAAUGAAAAUAUACAAGUUGUAAAUAUGUGGUUAUCAGCAGAAGCAACAACGAUGUUAGAUAAUGCUCUGAUCACCAUGGAACAUUUAUACAAAGCGGGAACAGUACAAAUUCGUUUACGCAAUUUAAUGAAUGAGCAAUCCUAUUUUGAAAUCGUACAUUCAAUUGAUACAUUAUCAACAGAAUUCAACAGUUCAAACGAAUCCAAUUCUGGUGAAAAAGAUAAACAUAUACAACAGAAAGAGACAAUAAAAUUCACAUUAUCAAUGGCUGAUAUUGCCGAUCAUAAACGUCAAUUAACAUUUUGUAACGUCGAUCUAAAGCAACAUAUGAUUGACAAAAAGAUAUUAUUAGAAGAACAAUUGAAACAAUUGGAUACUAUUGAAAAAAUUUACUUAACGCUUUUAAAACUUGAAAAAGCUGGUCAUCCAAAUUUUCAAUUGAAAGAAUACAAUUAUGAAAUCUAUGAUCGACCAGGUACACUUAACACAAUAUUGUCCGAUUUGAAAAGUAACGAAGAGGGUAGUGAACAAAAACUUAAACAAGAAAUUAGAAAUCGAACACAAUAUUUUCAAGCAAAAUUUACUAAAUUCGAAGCUGAUUAUGACAUAUGGAUAAGAGAUUUAGAAAAAUCUCGAUGUCAAAGUCCAUUAUUAAAAUUAUUUUCAAAUCAUCAAGUUAUGAUUAUGUUCAUUUUAUUGACAACAUCACCACGAGAAAAUAAAGUUCAACUGAAGUUUUUAGAGAAAUUAUUUUCAUUAAAAGAUCUUGACCUUAAAAACGACGAACAAUUUAACUUAACUAUUCUCUGUUUAUUUCAUUAUUUACAAUCAUUGAGAAUCAAAGAUUGCAAUUUAUCUAAUGAUCAUAUAAUUAAUCUUUAUAACAAAUAUAAAAUAGAAUAUAAUAAUUCAAAAAAUGAAGAUCUACAACCAGAAAACUUACAAAAAUUAUGUUCUUUUCUGGAAGAUUUAUUCAAUAAAGGAAAAGAAUUGUUAGCAGAAAAUGCUACAAAUAGUGAAAAUCUACAAUUUCUAAUUACAUUAAAUUCGCCAGAACGAACACAAGAUAAAAUUGAACUUGAGAAUGACUUUGAUAUGGAUACAUGUUGUAUUCUUUUAAAUAUUUUUAAUGAUCGAUUACCAGCUGAUUAUCAAAUACUGUGGUGUUCUGUCUCAACAGAUGAUGAUAUUAGAUUAUUUUUUUCACGUGUACGAACUUUUCCAUGUUUGACAUUUGUUGUCAUGGAUAUUGAUAAAAUGCAUCAUCGACUUCGAGAAUUAUUAUUAAAUGAACAAGAUUCAUUAGUAAAACAAUCUGAACGACAUGGAACAAUUUACUACUUUUCAAGAGAAUUAAUAUCUUUUAGAAAAGGUUUACGACCAUUUUAUAUAAAACAACAAUAUCGAGAUUCAUCUAAUACUUAUUCAAAAUUUAUGACAUUACUGCGAAACAAUAAUUUUACACCACCGCAAAUCAAAAUUAUAUAUGGAAAAGCUGGCAUUGGAAAAACUCAUUUCAUCAAAACAAAAUAUAAAAAUCAUAACACAUCAUGUGUAAGUAUUAAUGAUAAAUUAAAUCUGUCAUCAUUGAUCAGUACAUUUUUAUCGUUGGAAUCGAAAACAUCAAAUAAGCAGCUGUCAAUCUAUUUUAAUAUUUCUAUUCAUGCACAUUUUAAACAACUGAAUCAUGCAUUUUUUUCUUUAUUUGCAUGCAGUUCAUUAAAUGAUCAUAGUACUGGUCUUACAUUUUCACCAUCGAUAACAAAAUCAUGGGAAUUUAUUAUUGAAGUUCCGUAUAUAGAUAAAUGUAAUUUAACGAUUAAAAGAAACUUUGAUCAAAUAUUACCAAUACUAUCGAUUAUGUCAUCAAAUAGUUUAGAAGAAGUUACUGAUGCUAAUUAUCAAUUAUUUAUUGGUGAAGAAGAAGAACUUGUUGCAAGAUUUCUGAAAGCUUAUGAAAAUCAAACGAUUGAUCGCUUUUUAACAGAAGAUGAUUCUGGUGAAGAGCAAUCUGUGAAUUUUGAUCGAUUAACAGAUCAUAAUGAAUGUCGUCAACAUAUUUACAAAUGUAUAGAAAAAUACGCUCCAGAACUGCCAAGAAAUAAAAUUUUUGAACUUUCGUUUACUAAAUUUCUGCAUCGUCGUAUUCGAUUCUUUACUGGGUUCCAUUAUUGUCUUAAUAUGACUAUUGAACGUCUGGGUUCAACUACUAUGACACAAAUGAUAAAUGAAGCAAAGCAUCUAACCCAAAUAAGCUUUCUUUCAACUGAUUAUCCUCGUAUUUAUCUUGUCUAUGAUCCAGCAUUUUCAUUACAUGUAUUACAUAAUGAUUGGAAUACAGUUCCUUUAACAUUAAAAGCUCUUUUCAAAAAUGACGAUCCAUCAAAAAGCAGUCAAUAUAAAAAUAAAAAUUUUUUUAUCAUAUGUUUAUCAUGGUUAGUACAUAUUCCUUAUAAUUUAUUCGAAAACAUAAUGAUCCAAGCAAAUUUUAUUUUGACAGAAAAUUUUUCUUAUAAACUUUUUCAUGUUCAUGAAAGAAAAUUAACAAAAUUAGCUCUAAUUAUUGAAGGUGAGACUGGCGUUGGAAAAACUUUUCUUCUUAAGUUUUAUUCUUUAUUACUUAAUGCUAAUGUAACUCAUGGUACACUGGAUAAUAAACUUGCCCCAAGAACUGUUGAGCGUACUGGCUUGUGGUUAUUAAGAUAUUUUUUCGAAGAACCCAUAGAAAAUAAGCAAACGCGAAAAGGAAUCUUAGAAAAUCAUACGAAUUUAUUAAAUAUAUUCCUGCGACAAAUAGAAUCAAUCUUACAUGGUUCAAAAAAUAAAAAUGAUCAUGAAAUAGAUGAGCUUCUAGAAGAUAAUGAUCAAGUCAAUUCUCAAUUGUUAACAGAAAUAAAACAAUCUUUAGAAAAAUUAGAAUAUAAUGAUAGCAUUUUACGAUGCAUUUGGAAAACAAUUAUUACUAUUUUACAUGAAAAUGAACAAAAUCUUGCGAAAAAAACCCUUAUUGAAGUACAUCAAUUUGUAACAUCACACUUAAUCGAUUAUCCAUUAAUUGAAGCUAGUCCACAAUUGCUAAAGUUAUUAGAAGAAUCAAAUCCACUGACAGUUGAAUCAUCAAUUGACGUUUUCAAUGAAUUCAUAAGUCAUACUCGUGUUAAACCGCUAUUUUACCGUCUUCUCUUACAUCCUGGUGUAACUGAAGAACAAAUCAAAGAUUUCAUGUUUCCUAUUUCUCAACUAGCGGAACAAAUGCCUGAUAUUGAAUUAGUCGUCUUUUUCGAUGAAGUUAAUACAUCUUCUUGUCUUGGUUUGUUUAAAGAAAUGUUUAUGGAUGGUACAUUACAUGGAAUUAGUUUACCGAAAAAUAUCUUCUUUACUGCAGCCAUUAACCCAUCAAUAAAUCCUAAUGAGCCUCACAAACAUUCAAAAGAUGAUUUUCAUGUUCAUCGUCGUGAUUAUAUUGUACAUGAAUUACCACAAUCAUUAGAUAAUCUCAAAGUUUCUUAUGGAAUACUAGAUUUAAAUACACUAGAAGAUUAUAUAAAACAAAAAAUAUCAAAAUUCACUGUUAAUUCAACAACAGAUGCUCAAAAACAAGUUUCAUUAGAUAAAUAUGCACAAGAUACGCUUACUCAAUCUAUUCUUAAAGCACAACAGUUUUGUGAAGAACAUCUCGGACGAAAUUCUGUGUCACAACGAGAAAUUCAAAGAUGUUUUAAUCUUAUUGACUUCUUUUGGAACAUGAAAUAUGACGAAAAUGAUAACGAACCAGAUCCCAUACGAUGUAUUGCUUUAUCAUUAGCAUUGAUUUAUUAUUUUCGACUUCCAACCGACGAAGAUAAUAUACAUCGAGCAGAUCUUAGUACACCAUCACGUGAACAAUUCGGUGAUCUUAUUUCAAAACACAUACCAGAUUUUGUUCAAAUUAUUCAAAAAGAACUUCAAAGAUUCGUUAAUACUGAUCAUUUUGUUAUUCCACAUGGGGUAGCUGUUAAUCAAGCCAUUCGAGAACAUAUCUUUUCAAUUGUUGUUAGUAUUGUUACCCAAACACCAUUAUGUAUAAUUGGGGCACCCGGUCAAUCGAAAACACUUUCAUUCCAAAUUGUUCUACAAAAUCUUCAAGGUUCUCAAUUAUCAGCAAAAGAAUUUUGUAAACGUUUACCUGCCGUGGAUCCAUUUUUUUGUCUUGGAUCAAAAUACAGUCGAUCUGAAGAUAUUGCAUCUAUGUUUGAACGAGCUAUCAAACGUGAACAACAAUACAAACAAAAUCGAAUAGAUACGCGAUGUGUUGUUUUCUUGGAUGAAGCUUCAUUGCCUGAUGAGAAGAAAAUGGUAUUAAAAGUAUUACACCCUUAUUUGGAUGAAUGUAAAGUGGCUUUUGUAGCUAUAGCUAAUAAAUCAUUUGAUGCUGCUAAUGCUAACCGAAUGAUUUGUAUAUAUCGAUCUGUACCAUCAAAAGAUGAUCAACAAAUACUAGCAUAUGGUUGUCUUGGUAUACAAACUGGAUACGAACAACAAAAUAUAAAUAAAAAUCUCGAUAAGAUCAUAUAUGGUCUUUGUAAAGGUUAUCGUCGAGUACUUUCUAAUGAAAAUAUUCCGAAAAUUUUUCAUGAUCGAGACUUUAUUUAUAUGUUAAGAGAAUUACGUUUUGAACUACCAACAACAAUAACAGACGAUGAAAACACCAGCAUAGGUAUUAUAAAACCGAUUAGUUUAAUACGUGCUCUUGAAGAUAAUUUUAAUGGAAUAACACGAAAAGAAUUUCAAGAAUUAGUCGAGAUCUUUUUCAAAGCUGUUCAAGAAGAAUCUCCUAAUUUUGCUUUACCAAUUGAAGCACGACAACAAAAAUGUUAUCGUGAUAUUCCAACUGUUCUUCGGGAUUCAAUGAAACUCGAUUCAAAACGUCGACGUUUGUAUGGCCGUUAUAAACUAAUUAUCGAUGAAUCGGAAGGCGAAAGUGCUAUAAAUCUUUUAUUACAAACAGGUAUUAUAGAUUCCGACCCUACAAGAACAUCGAUCUUUCGAAUGUCCGAUUUUCCGGAUGAUAUUAAUAAUGAAUUGCGAAAUGUUGAGGUACUAUCAACAAUAAAAUUAUGUAUGGAAACUGGAAGAACAAUAUUAAUGGUAAAUACAAGUCGAAUUCAUGGUUCAUUAUAUGAUGUUUUUAAUCAAAAUUUUUCAAUAAUGGCAACAGGUGACAUGAGAAAAAUAUUUUCAAAAGUUGCCAUUGGCCCCAAAACAAUUGAUGUUGCUGUUCAUGAAGAUUUUCAAUGUAUUGUUCAUGUUAAAAGAAGGGAAUUUAAAGAUAUACCAGCACCAUUCCUUAGUCGUUUUCAAAAAUAUUCAUUAAGUGUCAAUGAUUUCUAUCGUAUUCGCUUACAUAAACUUCCUGGUAAUGAACAGGUUAUUGUAAGAAAUGUCGAAGAGAAAGUUUUAUCAUUUAUUGAACAUUUCGGGCGACAAUAUUUUUAUGGUAUCAAUAAAAGUACUCUUUAUUCAUGUCUGCUAUCAUUAAUUAAAGUGAAUGAGAACGAAGAACAUUCUUUAUUAAAUGUGAAUCAACACUAUACACAAUUAACCUUUAAACUGAAAUCAUUUAUUGAACAAAAUCCUACUAAUACUCAACAGUGUCUUGUUCGAUUAAUACUAUCAAGAUUGAUUCAACUUGUUUCACCUGAAUCAAUCAUAGUGAAGUUGCCAGCAUUUGAAGAAAAAGUUGAACAAUGGCUAUGCAAUUUAUAUUUUCAACAGCAAGAACAUUUUAAUUUGGGAAAUUUCAUUCGUCAAUUGAUUUCGAAACCCUUGGUUAAUAUUGACAACGACACACUUUCAUCAUCAGAAAAUACACACCAUCAAACGAUACAGAAUUCUAUUUCAGCAACAACAAAAGUAAUCCUAUUUACACGAACAUCCUCUUAUGUCAUUGGUUUAAAUCAACAAUCAAAAAAUGAAUUAUUUACUACUAAUAAUAAUGACGAUGAAGCUUCUAAUUAUAGUAGACAAAUAGAAAUUAUAAAUUUGAAUACAAUUGAAAAUUCAGUUGAAUUACAGGAUAGAUUCAAUAGCUAUACGGAUGAUGAUAAUAAAAAUGUUUUAAUCAUCAUUAUUGAUGGCAGAAACGGACAGCAACGCUUACAUAUUCCCUUUGUUCAACAGCUGAUUGAUAAGACUGAAUCUUCUUAUCGUACUGCUCACCCUUCAGAGCUAAAAUAUUUUCUUAUGCUUGUCCAUUCAUCAACUCAAGAUUUAUAUCAUCAAUCAUGCUUUCCAUCAAUAUUUUUGCAUGAAUGGGAAUUUUAUUUUUUCGAUACAUGUACACCAGGUAGCGCAUUUCAUCUUCAAAAAAUGUUACGAAUUAUAUCUUCAUCAUCUCUUGAUGAUCAACAAACACAAAAUCUUGACAAUGUUCUUUGUGAUUUGAACAUUCUCUUCGAAGAUUCUUUAUGGGAUUUUUGUUCUCGAGUUCAACUUCUUCUUCCUCAAUUAUCAGAAAAUAUGUUUACAGAUACAAUGACUCAUGAAUUUUAUCAACCCCAAACAAAUGCAAUACGUCGUGUUAAAUGUCUUAAACAUAUUCUUCAUCGAUCGACACAAUUAAAACAACAUAUCGUCAAUAUUUAUCAUAAAUAUUUAUUGAGAAAAGAAAAUUCUUCAAAAAAAAUCUAUAGUUUAAUUUAUCAAAUUUCAAAAGAUAUUUUAUGUGGUAAACGUUUUGAUGGUCUUAUCGAGUCGAUUCAAUCACAAACACGAAAUUCAUUUACAAAUUUUGCUUCAAAUGUUUUCAAAUUUAUUGUUAAUGAUUAUGGAUUAGAAACAUUACCUAAAUUAUCAACUGACCAUAAAAUCUAUGGUUCAUUAUUAAAUUUAAUUGAUUAUCAAUCAUUUUCUGUUGAUGAUGAUAAAGAUAUAUUUUCUUCACCAACGACACAAGGAGUAUUUCAACUUAGUACUCAUUAUCCUUGUAUACCACAAACACCAUUAUAUUAUCUAUUUCAUCAACGUGUUAAAAAACAUGCAGACGAUAUCAAAGAAACACUUGUUCGUACAUUAACAAAGCAUCAAGGAAAAGAAGAUGGCUUACGUGAUGAUUAUUAUGAUGCUCCACAGGUGACGACUGCAGAUUGCAGCAAUGAAAAUGAGAAUGAAAUGACUCAGUAUAAAUUUGAACAAUAUCGAAUUAGAUUAAUUGAUUGUAUUGUAAAUGAUAACGUGUUAGCUGAUACAAUCUCUGAACGUAUUGUGCAAUCCUAUUCAACGGAUCUUAUUCGAACAUUUUGUAGUGUUGUCGAAAAUAAUUUUGAUAAUAAUCCCAUUCAAUGCCAACAAGCAGUUGAAUUUAUGUCACGUUGGUUAUUACUUAUUGAUGAUAAUGAUCGUCAAUCAUUAGAGAGUUAUCCUAAUAAAGAUGUUUGGUUUCUUGCACACGUUUAUACAUUAUUUGAAUAUGAACAAAAUGAUCUUAUUUCAAUGUAUUCAGCAUUUCGAAUUAUCACUCGCAUUAGUUCUGGAAGUUUAUCUUAUGAUAAUUUAUUCGAUGAAGAAAAUAUCACACGUUCUUAUUUACGUGAAACAUUUUUCUGCUUAAUUUUCAAUUAUUUAUGGGAAAAUCUUAAUAAAUUAUGUACAAAUAAUGAAAAUUAUGAAACAUGGAUAUAUGCUUACACAUUUAUUUCAAAAUAUUAUCCAUCAGAGAAAAUUUUACGUGGUAUGCAGCUAUCUGAUAUUAAAAGUCAGCUUGAAUUUAUGAAUUUAUCUUAUUUGAUAUUUUUAAAUGAUACAAUAAGUGAACCACAUCAAUUAAUAACGAUUUUGCUCAAGGAAACAAACAUCAAUCGAUCAUCUGUUUGUUUAAGAUUAUUGCCAAAGAUGGCAGAUAUCAUUUAUCGACAUUUAACAGACAAAAAUAUUGCUAAUUCAACAUUAUUUAUUGAUCUUCAACAAUGGGCAAUAGCACUCUUAAAAUCAAUAAAACAGCCAUCUAAGCAAGAUAUUUAUUUUCUAUUGAAAUAUAUAGAUCAAUCAACUUGCCCAUUAUCUUUAGCAAUGAAACAAUUUUUAUUCGACGAAUUAAUUAAUAUACUUCUUCAAAUUGAAGACCCAAAUAAGCAAUAUUUUGAUAUAUGGGAUCGAUUUAAAAUGAUUCCACAUUUAAUUGAAUGUAUAUCAAAUGUUGAUCUUGAAAAUUAUAAAAUACCUUAUCAUCCAUCAAUAGUUUCUGAUAAUAAUGAUUUACAAACAAGGCAAAUAUUAUUUGAUUUAUAUUUCUUUCAUCUCAGAUGUCAAAUGACUAAUGAAAGCAUCACAACAAGUCUUAUCAAUAAAGGAAUGCUAUUGAGAUUGCCAACAAUUCAAAACAGACGUUUAAUACCUAUAGGAGAAAAUCUUUUCAAACAAUUAAAAGAUUAUCUUCGAAUAAAAAUGAUUGCUUUGUUAUUAUGUGAAAUAAUUUUGAAUAAGAAUGAGCUAGAUGAUGUCAACCGUAUUAUGUCAACCAUUAUAAAUGAAUUUUUAUUAAUUGACGAACAAUCGACACAAUUUAAUAAUUAUCUUGAACUUUUUCUAUCUACCAUUAUAUUGAAAAAAUCAUGGAAUUUUCUUUUAAAUUUAUUAAAAUCUGAAAAUAUUCUACGUUUGAAUCAUCAAUGGGCAACAAAUCUAUAUCGUUCACUUGAAUUAAAGCAAACACAAAAACAGAAUAAAUAUUUACAAUUUUGCCAUCAAAUUCAAUUUACAUUAUCUUUAAAAAAUGAUUCGUCAAUAUUUCCGGGACUUCAUCAACCCUAUGAAGAAUUAAGCAAAAUUAUUGAUAUUUGUGUUAAAAGCAAUACUGAAGAAAAUCAAUGGGGUACUUUAUCUGAUUGGAUUCAAUUAAAACUAAAUUCGGAUCCAAUUCAAUUACAAUUAAAAGAAAUUAAAGUAAUAUUAUUAUUAAUUAUUUACUAUGAAUAUUAUUGCAAUAAUCAAUUAUCAUCUAUAAAUACAUUAUUAGAAAUGGUUGAGAAUACUUUGCAAUUAUCAUCUGAAGAAUUACGAUUAUUUCGUGUUAUUAUAAGACCUGAACAAUUUAUGAUUGGAUAUCCAAGAGAUAAUAAUAAUAAUGCUGAUAAGAAUUUCAUUAAUGGUUUGUUCAAACUUGAUUGUAAUGAUGAAUUCGACUUAUCUUUACGUCAUAUGCUUGUCAAUCUUAUGGCAAUGAUUUUGUUAGGUGGUGAAAAAUCUUUUCUUUGGACAUUUAUGUUUCAACCGUUGACAUUGGAAAAUACAUUCGGAUUUGGAUCAACUUCACGACAUAUCAUUGAAUCAACUUAUAUUCAUUAUGAUUGUGGUUGUAUUAUUUCACAAAAUGGUGAUUUAUUACAAUUCAAGGGUAUAGAAGAUGCAAGUGGAUUGAAUGUACCAGCCGCAUGGCAUCUUUUAUUAUUUGAUGAAUCUGUUGAAAAUUUGUAUGGGCCAAUUCUUGCGCCAUCAGCUAUUGGUGAUGAUGAUGAUUCUGAUGAUGAUGAUGAUGAACCAGGUCAUCAACUUGCUGGCGAAAGUACUAGAGCUAAAGUUUGCCAUUUUGUUUGCACUAGAUUACUGUCAACGUUUCACUUCUUGUCAACUAAUUCAAAUCAAAAUGAUGCUUGUAUUAUCUUGACACGUUGUUUUGAACAAAUGGCAUUUCUUACGAAAAAUGAAAAUUCAUGGAUUAAAUCCGUAUAUACAACUAAUGAUGAUGAAAUUAAAGCUGAACAAGAAUAUAAAAAUAACGUAUUUUAUUUCGUUUAUAAUAAUCUAGUUGAACAUAAAGCGUAUAUUAAUCAAUUAAAUCUGCAAUCACAAAUACAAAUGAAUCUACAAAAUUUUAUUGAUCAAAUGCCUAUUAUUAUUCAAUUUACACAUUUUAAAACUGAAUUAAAUCGUCUAACAGAUUCAGAAAUGUCUCUUAAAAUUUUACAACAUACUCUUACAUCUUUACCAUUUUUAAAAAUAACUAAAUUAAUAUACCAUCUUAGUCAAUUUUAUCUUCUUUUGCAUCAAACUUAUGCAAAAUUAAUUGAACGCGAUGAAUUUUUAACAAUAACAUUACAACAAUUAUAUGAUCGUGGGCAAAUAUAUUAUAAUAAUUCUCAUCAGCAACAAUAUCAAAAUGAAGAUAAGACACACCGAUCGAUUAUUGAAAAUGGAAUUGAAGCUGUUAACCUUUAUCAUCAAUUUUCUGAUGGUCAUAUUCGACCGGGUGCUUGCGAUCAAACGCAACGUUUUUCAACCAUUGAAUGGGAAACACCAGUGAAUUAUUUAGUUACGAAUGAAAAUUAUGACGAAGGCGAUAUUGUUAUGCGUAUAAUCAGUGUCUUAGUGAAUUAUCACAAUAAUUUAUUAAACUUGAUGGAAAACGAAUUGAACAAAAAUGAGAAUCAUACUGUCGGUUCGUUAAGAAAUUUGAUCAAAGAGUUAACAUCAAAAACUGUCUCAAUUUUACAAGUUGCAAAUGAUAAUACUGGUGUUAUUAAUUUAAAUGAAAAGGAUUGCCUAUGGAUUGAACAGUUAUGUCAAGCUAGUUUUAUUGAUAAUGAAGAACAGUACUUCAUUACAUCAAAUUCUCGAUUAAUGUUUAAUUUUGUCUAUAUUCAAUCACAGAUUAUUCGAACGUCUCUUUUAUUUUGCCGUAUUAAUUAUCGUCAUAUUAUGCAAAAAUAUCAAUGGCAUACAAAUAGAAAAGCAACAACAACAGAUAAUGAACGUUUAGAUCUCGAUGAAAAAUAUUUGGUUCGAUUAAGUGAUGAGCAACUUGAAAACGAAUGGAACUAUCUGAAAGAUAUUCUAUUAGACAAACUUUAUCAUACGCAUAAACUUCUAAGGCAAAUAGCAUUAACAUUGAAAACUCAUCAAAAUGAUUUCUCAUCAAAUUAUCUUUUUGAAUUUGUUCGCAUGACUGAUAAAGAUAAUGAUAUUCUUCAACGAUUAGAACAAUACGAAAUAAUAGAUUUUCAAUUAUGUUAUAUUGAUCAUGUUAUUGAAAUCUAUGGAAAAUCAGUUUGUGGAUUUCAGCAUUUAUUUACAGACAUACCGCCUUUACUUCGAGUUGGAAUUGAGUCUCAAUUAAAUCAUGAACUUAUUAAAAAUUUGAAUGAAAAUAUUCUUAACAUCGAUUAUCACAAUGAUGUAGACAAAAUUCAGAUAACAAUUCAAACAAUCACAGAAUUUCUUAAUGACUUAAAAGCAAUUGAAGAUACUCUUCUUCAACAAUCGGCACAAUCAUUAAUUGAAACUUGCGAAAUUUUAGCAAUUUUAACAAUUGAUAAUCCAAUACGUUCAUGGAUACCACAUAAAAUAAAAUGUGAAAAUUAUGUUGAUCUUUAUAUUCAUUUAAUACGUACGAGAUCAAAACUUCAAGAACAAAAAUUUAACAUUGAAGAACAAAAAAUGAAAUUAUGGGAUGAAAAUUUAAAUUCAGACGAACAACAAGAUAAACAAGGAAGUCGUUUGCAUCAAUAUAUAGAUCCACAAUAUAAUAGUCAAAUAUCCAACGAAAAUCAAAACAGUAAGGAAUCAACAGAUUGGAAACUUCCUGUGCCCGAUGCAAAUGGAUUAAUUUCUGAUUUCACAGAUAAAGAUAAUAUACCUAAUAUAGAUCGGCCAGUAGAUCAAACACAAAUCAAACCUAAAGAGCUCGUAGAUAAGGACAUUCAAUAUACAUCUUUGAUGACAUUCAAUUUAAAGUCAGUUCCAUGCACAUCAUCCGUAUUCUUUCAACAAAUACAUAAAUAUCGAGAAGAACCAUCAAUAGAAUCAGCUAUUGGAAAUAAAGCACAAAAAUUUACUAUUGUACAUCCAAAUAGAGAAUCGAAAACAUAUUUAUGGAGAUUUGAAAAGUUUUCGGAAGAAUUAAAGAAAUUAUUUGUUGGAAAAAAAUAUGAUCAUAAUUUAUUUGUUGUUGUUGAUAAAAAUGAAAUUUUUGUCGAUUUUACAAAAGAUAAUUAUUGUUUACAAAAUCAAUCAAUUUUAGAAUAUCAUAUUAUUGAAAAACAGUUCUUAAUUCAAAUUCAAUUUCAAUUUCGAGCACAACUAUCUGAAUAUUUCACGACAUCGAAAUGUACUAUUCCAACUAUCGUUCAUCAUUUUAUUGACGAUAAACAACUGAAAAACUUAUCAACCGAUACUAUCCUUUGUUUCUAUGAUGAAUAUGGCAAAUGUAUUGCUGAUGGAACCAUUAGUGAUCUUUCUAAAGCAGAUUCAAAAACGAUGUCGAUUUUCGUGACUGCAGAGACGUCGAGUGCCGGUAUUCUAUAUGAAUGUGCUUUACAAUACAAUAAAGAUCAAAAUGAAAUAAUGAAUUUAUUUUAUCCAACAACUCAAUGGCAACAAAUUAAUCUUUGGUUAAAAACUCUUUCAUCUAUAACUGAUCCUUCUAUCAAUGAUUAUGCUUUUCUAAUACGAGAAAAAAAAUUAAUUAUUGAUGAUAAUCAAAUUAUUUCGUCAACAAUAAAUCAAACAGAGUCAACGAUAAUCGAUAUUAUUAAUCGAAAUAUGAUAACUAAAGUUAUGUUCACCUUUGAAACACAUAGUCAAUCUAUUUAUGCAUUAAAAGCAAUGCCGAUUUCUUCUUUAUUAAAUAAAGAAAAUAUUCUCGAACAAUUAAAUUUAACGGAUAUAUCUCCGAAUGCUUGUCUUUUUGUCUUGAAAGAAACAGAUGAACAAGUUUUAACAAAAGAUGAUCUUCAAAAAUCUGUCGGUACUUAUUCAACUAUUGAAAAUGAAUCAAUUCAUUUUCAAAUAUCAAUCUCAUUGCAAAUAACAAAAUAUGACGACAAGGAACAAAUUAAAAUCCCUAUACCAAAUAGAAAUCUAACUAUUGAACAAUUAUUAAAUUUAACAGAAAAAUCCAUCGAUGUUUACAAAUAUUUAGCUACUUAUGACACAAAAAUAAUUCUUAAUUCUAAUGAAAUACUUUCGAAUUUAAAUAAAACUCAAUUUAUUCUUGUUAAAGAAAAUGAAACUUGUCUUGUAUCGAUUAAAAAAUCGAAUGAUUUACAACUUACCGAUACUAAUGACGAAGAAAAUGAGAAAUUUCAACGAUUUACUGUUUUUGCUACUAUAGCCAAUGUUAAUAAAGAAAAUCAACUUGAUAUUUUACAUCAAUAUCUUCUAUAUUCAAAUGAUUUUGUUCCAUCAACAGAUAUUCAAUUAACAUCUCUGAAAUCAGAAUCACCAAUUCAAUUUAGAGUGAUCGAUCAAAAUUUACCAGUUACUGUUAGCAUUGAAAAUGGCGAAGAAAAGAAGUCAAUUCAAUUUAAUUGUUCACUUUCGAUAACAAUGGAACGACUCUGUGCGAUUGCAUGCCAAAUAUUUUGCGUUAACGAAGCUUAUUAUCGUUUGGCUAUGAAUGACGAUACCGAAACUGGCGAUGAUAUCUCUUUAGAAGAUAUUGAUGAAAAUAUGACUGAAAUUCAAUUUCAAAUUAUUUCUACAGCAUCUCUACAUUGUUCAAUCAUGUAUUCCAAUCAGAAUGUUUCAUUACCAUGCCAUCAAGAUACACCGAUAGAAAUAGUUGUUAAAGAAACACUGCAGAAGUUACAUAUGUCGAAAGAGGAUAUGAACCUAUAUGAGUUGAUAGCAUUGGAUGACGAUCGAACACAAAUUGUUUUCGACUUAUCAGUAAAUGAUAUCAAGGAACUGCUUUCUAUUGAUUCAACAACAAUAUCACUUGAAUUGAAAAAAAUAGAUGAAUGA